AUGGAAGUUCAAAUCAUUUCUAAGGAAAUCCUGAAACCUUCUUCUUACACGCCGCACCACCUUAGAACCUAUAAGCUUUCUGUCCUUGAUCAGUUAGCUCCUCCUCAUUAUAUCCCGAUCAUUCUCUUUUACUCACCAUCCAGUGAAUAUUUCUGUAGGAAAUCUGAUCAUCUGAAAAAGUCCUUCCCUAAAACAUUAACUCACUUCUACCCUUUUGCCGGACGAAUAAAAGAUGAUUUUUCUAUCAACUGCAACGAUGAUGGUGCUGCGUUUAUUGAAGCCGAUGUAGAUACAGGUGAAAUAUCCAUGGUGCUUGAGCAAGCAGACAUAAAUCAGCUGGAACAGUUGCUACAAUGCAGCCCUUAUGGAAAGUCAUCUAAGCUAAGCACUGAUCAUAUUUGCAUUUGGCAUGCAGUUGCUGAUGCAUCAACUCUAGCAACCUUUGCUAAUAGCUGGGCUGCAAUUACUUCUGUUUCUAAUAACAUUAGCAACGAGGUGAUUUUUGAAGGCACGACACUCUUCCCUCCACAAGAUUUAUCAAGCUUCUCUUUGCACAAUUUCGUAAAAGAGGAUGAGUUAAGGGAAAUUGUGAUGAGAAGGUUCUUGUUUGAUGGUUCCAAGGUAGCUGCUCUAAGAGCUGAAGAUAAAUACUGCAACGGUUGCAGUCGAUUUGCGGAGGAGAAUGAAACCGCAACUGCCACAGCAAUCUAUUGGAAACUUCUGCCAAGUGACAAUAGCAAAUUGGCCAGAGAGAAGCUUCAUGCUGGUGGUGGGUACUUUAACUUCCUCAAAAAAGCUGGGGAGCAAGCUAGAAAAAGUCCUAACUUGAGGGUGUUUGGUUUCAGUAGUUGGUGUAAGUUCCCAUUUUAUGAAGCUGAUUUUGGGUGGGGAAAGCCUAUUUGGUCAAGUCCUGCGUUGAAGCUUAACAGGGUUGCCAUUUUCUUAGAUACAAAAGAUGGUAAGGGAAUAGAAGCAUGGAUUGGACUGUCCAAGGACGACAUGGUAAAGUUUGAAAAAAACCCUAGCAUCCUUACUUAUGCUUCUUUCAGUCCAAGCAUGUAA